AUGAGUACAUUCUCAGUUCAACACUUACUUCCUUCAUUACCAGUUCCUGCAUUACACAAGACACUAAACUCUUACUUCAUAUCUGCUACUGCUAACCUCAAAGAUGAUAAACAGAUUGAAGAAAUUCGAAAAAUUGUUAAAGAUUUUCAAAAUCAACCUCUAACAAACAAACUCCAAACCUUGUUGGAAGAAAGAGCUGACAGCAAACGAAAUUGGUUGGAAGAAUGGUGGUUGGACUCGUACAUGACAAUACGCGAACCUCUAAUACCUUUCCUGAGUUUUGGAGCGAAAGCCGAACACUUGUUGCCAGAAGCAGACUCUCAGUUACACAGAGCAUCUGAUGCUCUACAUGAAUGGCUUGGCUUUUGGCAUUUAAUCAGAACCGAACAAAUUCCUGUGUUCUCUCGUCAAAGUGAAGUAUGGGACAUGUCACAGUAUCAUCAGUUGUUUUCAAGUAAUAGAACACCGGCCAAAAAGAAGGAUGUGAUGAAAAGGUUUUUCAAGACAGAGAGAGAAGGAAAGUCUCCUACCCACGUGGUGGUUUUAUACAAAGGCCAAGUUUGGAAGUUGGAAGGCAUAAAUGAAGAUGGUAAACCUAAAUCUCCCGAUGAAUUUUACAACGCAUUGAAGUAUAUAAAAGAUAAUACCGUUGCCAAUAACAAUUCUGUGAUCUCUUUGACUUCAAUGAACCGAGAUGAUUGGGCUGAGAAUUAUGAGCAUUUAUGUGCAAUUUCAAGUGAUAAUAAGGAGCACAUGCAAGUUAUCGAAGAAAGUAUUAUGUGUUUAUCUCUAAUCGACGAAAAUGAGAAAUGUUGGAGAGACCUGGUUUUCAAGUCAAUGUUGAACAACACAGGUUAUCAAUGGGCUGAUAAAAGUAUAUGCAUAAGUAUUUACCAAGAUGGACAAGCUACAAUGCUUGUUGAACACAGCAACGUAGACGCUAUCGUAGCUAUUCAUGCCGAAGCUCAUGCCCAUUCUAGAAUCAGAAAAGAACUUUGGUUGCCAAAGAAGGUUGAUUUUAACAAACCAAAACUAUUGAAUUUUCAUACUGACGAUGUAAUAGUCAAUAGUAUAAAUCAGGCUAAGAAGAAUUUUGAAGAAAAGAAAUUGUUAUUGAACUCCAACAUCUUUCAAUACAGCGGAUAUGGAAGCAAAUUAUUGAAGAAAUUUGGUCUUUUUCCUGACACCGUAAUUCAGAUAGCACUUCAAAUCGCAUUCGCGAAACUGCAUGACUACUUCCCACCUAUUUAUGAAACGGCAUCAAUCAGAAAGUUCUAUCAUGGAAGAACAGAAACAGUUCGAGGGCGUUCGAGAGAAGUCAUUGAGUUUGGAGAAGCGUUUCUAAGAGCGCAACCUAAAGAUGUAUUGCUGAAACUAUUCCGUAAAGCUUACGAUAAACAUAACGAGAUGAUGAAAAAUUCUAUGAAUGCCCAAGGAGUUGAUAGACAUCUGAUGGGACUGCGACUUAUCCAAGAAACUCAAUUUCCCCAGUAUCCAACUCAUUCGUUAUUCAAGCAUCGUUCAUGGAGAGAGAAUGGAGGUGAUGGUAAUUUCGAGUUAUCAACAAGUUUCGUGGGCUAUACACAUGAUGAUCAAGUUAGUGAAAAUGGUAAUUUCUGUGCUCCGAUGUGCGCGAACGGCUAUGGUGUUUUCUACCGGAUAGCACCAAACAAAUUAUUUUUCAAUAUGACCAGCUACAGGGGUUCUAAAUCCAAUAUGAAGUCUUUUGAAAAGUCAUUGGAUGAAGUUCUGAGUGCUUUUAUCGAAUUAUUUAAUUUCUCAUCGCUUUAA